AUGGUUUCGCAGAUGGAACUCGAGCCUUCUGGUAGCAAUGCCGUUGCCAGGAGGGGUCCCUCGUCCGUCACAAGUUCGUCCCGCCACCGCAGAGGUAGACGACAAGGAGGAGGCUAUGUGUCGAAUGAAUUCCCCGAGUUUUCACAUACUGGCGAUGUCGAGAUCUUGGUGAAGGUCGGCUCCCGGACGAAUCGUUAUCUUUUACAUCGACUCAUCCUCACACAAUGUUCCGGAUUUUUCGAAGCAAGCACAAGUCAGGAAUGGUCGCGUGCAGAGGAAGUAGGAGGGGGAGGGGAACUGGCGCGCAUUGGAGAGGAUUCCGAAAAUGGUGCGAGGAAUAAUCGCGAGGUCAAGAAAAGAUGGAGAUAUGAGCUGGAUACAGGAGUUGGAAAUGAUGAUAUUCCAAUGCUGGUCCAGAAGGAGAAUACAGCCGUAUCUCUCUUUGGCGCAAACGAUGCGAAACCUCCACCAGUUCGCAACAAACCUCCCACUUCGAACCCCUCCUUUUUUCGCUCUGUAGCAAACCUCACAAUGACCUCCUCACAUGGGCACGCGCCUUCAGUCCCGAUAUCACACGAAGACCAGGAAAUCCUGACAGAUUACGAUAACCUAUUUCGAAUAUUUUAUAAUUACCCUCCCGCGCUCGAUGCUGUCGAUAUUGCCACGGCGUACCGACAUUGCAAGUCGCUCCUCACACUGGCAGAUUUAUAUGAUGCUUUAGCAGUCGUAGGACCAAGAAUCGACCAUCACCUCCUACAAUUUAAUUCCCGCCUUUGGAAACAAAUCGCCAAAUACCCAUCCUCAUACCUUCGACUCGGCUUCCUCGCCCAAUCCAAAACGAUAUUCCAAGAAAGUCUUAUCCAUGUCGUAGGAGCCUGGCCACAAGGCGAACGCCACAUCCGAGCCCAACUACCCGAUUCCGUGCUAGAGAUCAUCGAGGAUAAAGUUGAAGAUUUAGCCGAUAUGGUGGGCAAGGUAGAGGGGAAACUCUUUAGAUUGAGUCUCACGACUAGUAGAGGGGAGAGAGUGACGCCUUAUAAUUCGCAUCUUGAUUGGCUUGUCAUAUCACUCUUCCGGUCCUGGCUUGCGGAUGCGACAUCUCCUCCACCACCACCAGCUCCAACUUCACGCUCCCAUCACCCCCCAAGAUCAAGUAACGGCCAUAAUCACCACUCCCGAACCAACACCACCUCCUCCGCCUCCGGAACAACCAUACAAACCCAACUCAUCCUCUCCCCCACAUCCUCAGCCUCCCACCACAACAAUCACCCCUCCGCCCCCUCAACCACCUCACCCACCUCGCACAUCGGCCGUGCCUUCCGCACGAUCGGUGCGGACCCCUCCACGUACCUUGGUCACGAGGAAUGUAAACGCUUCCUCAAACUCACGCCUGAAGUCUAUUCCCGGGACAACAUGAAGAAGUUUGAACGGAGGAUGGAGGAGAUCAAGGGGCUGGCGAGGGAGGUUGUGCGUCCGCUGAUGAGGAGUUAUUUACUGGGUACUGCGGACUCGGGGUUCUUGAGUUGUGUGAGGGUUGGGGAGAGGGAUUUUGUGUGGUUGGAGUGA